GAGUGAAAAAUGUCUCAUUCUGCAUAGAAUGGGAGGAACUGAGGGGGUGACAGCUUUGACAUGCUGAGUAUGAAGCACGUCAGGCAUUUCUGUCUUCCGUGCAAGUCCUGUCCUCUGUAAGCCCUUCUGUCCCUCUGAGUGGCUGCCUCCUACUUCAAAAUUUCACAAGCAAGCCAGCAGAACCCAAGCACAGCACAUCAAUACUAUCUCAGCCCCAAAGAAGCUCAGCCCAGGAAGCCAACACGUUCACAUAGGCAUGAGGAUUAGAGAAGAGGAAACAUACAUUUAAAUCCAAACAGGCUCAGCUUGAGGGAAACAUUGGUUUUCAAUGCAGUUAUGAAUUAAGAAAAUACAAAAGAAAUUGGAAUGCUGCUUCAGAAGGGAAGGCCUGGGAAAAAAAAAUACUGAGGAAGAGCAGGAUGAGUGGUGGUGGAAGAUUAUGAGUGUGUGACUGCUGAUAUAUGAAAUCCAGGAGCUAGAGAGAGACCAAGCUGCAGACUGCCAGCAGAUUCAAAGGCUAGUAUCAUUUUGAUCCCUCGUCUCCAGAGGCUGGAGAAUUGAACUGGGCUGACGGGGCUGGACGGACUGAAGGCGGACUCGGCUCCCAAGCCAGCAAAUUCAUCAUGACGGAAGCAUAUGCAGAAACAACAGGUGAAUACGCUUACGAUGAAUACGCUUUCUCCUGCAAUAAAAUCGACAUCCAAGAGUUUGGGAGAAUAUUUCUGCCAAUAUUUUACAUUGUGGUUUUUGCUCUUGGCCUCACAGGGAAUCUAAUGGUGGUUUUUGCCAUAGUGAAAGGCAAUCAAAAAAGCAUCACUGACAUCUAUCUCCUGAACUUGGCCGUCUCUGACCUUCUCUUUGUGAUCUCCCUCCCAUUCUGGGCGUCCAACACGGUCCGUGGAUGGACCCUUGGGACUAUUGCAUGUAAAGCUGUUUCCUCUCUGUACUACAUCGGUUUCUUUGGGGGCAUGUUCUUUAUCACUGUUAUCAGUGUUGACAGGUACUUGGCCAUCGUCCGGGCAACUUAUUCUCUGAAAUCCAGAACAAUAAAACAUGGCUUCCUUGUAGCCUGCGGAGUGUGGGCAGUAGUGUUUUUAGUGUCAGUGCCACAUUUUGUGUUCUCUCAGCUCGUAGAAAAUGACUGCAUUGCUGUCAUCCCACAGAAGCUGGAGAACAUCUGGCCAGUGUUCUGCAAUAUGGAGCUGAACAUUAUUGGCUUUUUCAUCCCAGUCUGUAUCAUAUUCUAUUGCUACUGUGGGAUCAUCAAAACCCUCCUGUCCUGCAAAAAUCAGAAAAAAGCACGAGCCAUAAAACUGAUCUUGGUUGUGGUGAUGGUGUUUUUUCUGUUUUGGUCCCCCUACCAUGUACUGAUUUUUCUAGAUACUUUAUAUCACUAUGAUUUAUUCACAAAUUGCAACCAAAUUAAGUCACUGGACUAUGCAAUGCACCUGACUGAAACCAUUGCAUUCAGUCACUGUUGUCUCAAUCCUCUUAUCUAUGCCUUUGCUGGGGAAAAAUUCAGGAAAUAUCUUUAUCAAGUCUGCUUGAAGUACUGUCCAUUCCUGUGUUUCUGUGGGCCCUGCAGUCGCUACCAGGUCACCCAUUCAGUUAGUUAUGCAGAAAGUGUGGUGAACAGCAACAUAACCCUGAACACCAGCGACCAGGAUGGUUCUGUCUUCGUCUAAAAGGCUCUGGGAAGGAGAAAUGUAUCAAUAUGUGUGUCCUGCAGGGAUAGCAACUGCUGAGGGGUUGCCAUUAUCCGUAUGAAGAGCCUUAAUGGUUGCACUGAAUUACUGACAUGCCUCUUGCUAAGCAUUAAAUAUUCUAAAACAGUAAAGAUUUUAAAAACAUAAGCAGUACAAUAUGUCAGUGUUGAACAUGGAAUUGGAUCAAGAGUAAGGAAGAGGGAAAGUAGAAAAGGAGUGCUCCGUGCCUAGAAAAGGAGGUGGAGAAGAAUUUAAGGAUAGGGAAGCUUUUGAACAGUUCCACCACUGCAACUUGUGCAUGUGUCAGUGUACGUGCAUGUGAUACUGAUGUACAUAGACCUAAACUCAUUUUUAAGGGAGGAGAAAUCUCUUUAAUGAAUGGUGACUGACUUUUAGGAAAGGGGAAUAUUUUUGAUAGUAAAGGGGUGUAUUUUUGAUGCUAUAUAUCCAUAAGGAAGUAAUUUUGUGGUUAUUGACUGCAACAAAUGUUUUAACUGCGCAUUCAUAUGUCAUAAAGUCCCACUGUUUAACAAUAAAAAGGAGUUCUUUCUGAA